AUUAGCAAUGAGAACUGGCUUCAUUUGGCAUUGAGUGGAAUCUGCAACGAAAGGCGGCUCGUCCUCCCGCACCGCUGAGAACUGGGACAGCCUUUGAGAGGACAGUCGUCUGCAGUAGGGAACCGGCAGAAGCAUGUCUGAGAUGCGCUGUACUGAAAAGUCUGUGUAUGUAGCCCUGGAGUUUUAGAGAGAAGGGCAGUACAACGCAAUCAGGGAUAGUUGAAAGACAGAAUCUUGUGUAAUUGAAUUGCUUUCUCAGCUGCAGCCUCUCCAAUGAUGGACUUAUGCGUUACUCUGCGUCUCCCGUCCACGAACAGAAGUCAGAGAACUCUCUUGGAAAACUCUCCCAACUAGGAGACAAACUACCUUUUCCUGCCCUCCUCACUUGCUGCAGGAACGAAACGACUGCCACCCUUCCUCUGACUGACCACAGGAUGGAAGGCCAGGGCAGGAGCUGACCAGCGCCGCCCCUCCAGACUCAGGAGGUGGAGAUCCCCCUCACCCCAAUCCAGCCAAAUUGACACCCAUUUUCUCCUCCCUCUGCCCCUAUAUUACCGACACCCCCUCCUCUUUCCCCUUUCCCUCCUCCCUAAAGACAGGGGUGGAGAAAAGGGGAGUUCAGGUCGUCAUGACUGAGCUGAAGGCAAAGAAUCCCCGGGCUCCCCAUGCAGCGGGCUGCGCGCCCUCGCCCACCGAGGUCCAGUCCCCCCUGCUGGGUCGUCCGGACGCUGGCCUGUUCCAGGGAACCCAGACCUCAGACACUUCGCCUGUAGUUUCGGCCAUACCCAUCUCCCUGGAAGGUCUGCUCUACCCUAGGUCGUGCCAGGGUCAGGAUCCCCCAGACCGGAAGACGCUGGAUCAGCAGUCGCCGUCAGAGGUGGAGGGCGCGUACUCGGGAGUUGAAGCCACAAGGGGUACAGGAAGCUGCAACUCUAGAGUCCCAGAAAAGGACAGCGGGCUGCUGGACAGUGUUUUGGACACGCUUCUGGCGCCCUCGGGGCCCGGGCAGAGCCAAGCCAGCCCUCCCACUUGCGAGGCCACCAGCCCUUGGUUUCUAUUUGGCCCAGAACUCCCCGAGGACCCCCGUAGUGCCUCCGGUACAAAGGGGGUAUUGGCCCCGCUCAUGAGCCGGCCUGAGAGCAAGUCUGGAGACUGCUCCUCUGGGACAGGAACAGUCCAGAAGGUGCUGCCUAGGGGCCUGUCACCGUCCCGGCAGUUGCUGCUCCCGACCUCGGGAAGUCCCCAUUGGCCCGGGACCUCAGUGAAGCCAUCUUCGCAGCUAGCUGCUGCGGCGGAGGUGGUGGAGGAGGAUGGCCCCGAGUCCGAGAGCUCCACCGGUCCACUUCUGAAGGGCAAACCUCGGGCUCUGGGAGGCACAGCGGCCGGAGGAGGAGUCGCACCCAGCGCGCCUGGAGCGGCUGCAGGAGGCGUCACCCUUGUUCCGAAGGAAGAUUCCCGCUUUUCAGCGCCUAGAGUCGCCUUGGCAGAGCAAGAUGCGCCGGUGACGCCCGGACGCUCCCCGCUGGCCACCACAGUGGUGGAUUUUAUCCACGUGCCUAUCCUGCCCCUCAACCAUGCCAUCCUGGCCGCCCGAACCCGGCAGCUGCUGGAAGGGGAGAGUUACGACACCGGGGCCGCGGCUCCCAGUGCCUUUGCCCCGCCGCGGGACUCGCCCUCGGCCUCGUCCACUCCGGUUCCUUGCGGUGACUUCCCUGACUGCACAUACCCGCCAGACUCCGAACCCAAAGAUGACACAUUCCCUCUCUAUGGCGACUUCCAGCCUCCAGCCCUGAAGAUCAAGGAGGAAGAGGAAGGCGCGGAGGCCGCCGUGCGCUCCCCGCGUCGGUACCUAGUGGCCAGUGCCAACUCUGCCACCUUUCCGGAUUUCCCACUGGCGCCGCCGCCGCGAGCUCCCUCAUCCAAACCCGGGGAAGCCACGGUGGUGAGCACAUCCGCCAGUGCCACAGUCUCGUCCGCGUCCUCCUCGGGGUCUACCCUGGAGUGCAUCCUGUAUAAAGCAGAGGGCGCGCCGCCCCAGCAGGGCCCAUUUGCUCCAUUGCCCUGUAAGCCUCCAGCCGCUGGCGCCUGCCUACUCCCAAGAGAGGGCUUGCCCUCCACCUCCGCUUCUGCUACCGCCACCGGGCCGCCACCUGCGCUCUACCCUCCGCUGGGCCUCAACGGGCUGCCGCAGCUCGGCUACCAGACCACUGUGCUUAAGGAAGGCCUGCCGCAGGUCUACCCACCGUAUCUCAACUACCUGAGGCCAGAUUCAGAAGCAAGCCAGAGCCCACAGUACAACUUUGAAUCACUACCUCAGAAGAUUUGUUUAAUCUGUGGGGAUGAAGCAUCAGGUUGCCAUUAUGGUGUCCUCACCUGUGGGAGCUGCAAGGUCUUCUUUAAAAGGGCAAUGGAAGGACAGCAUAACUAUUUAUGUGCUGGAAGAAAUGACUGCAUUGUUGACAAAAUCCGCAGAAAAAAUUGUCCAGCAUGUCGCCUUAGAAAGUGCUGCCAGGCUGGCAUGGUCCUUGGAGGUCGAAAGUUUAAAAAAUUCAAUAAAGUCAGAGUUAUGAGAGCACUGGAUGGUGUUGCUCUCUCUCAGCCAGUGGGCAUUUCGAAUGAAAGCCAGGCCCUAAGCCAGAGAAUCACUUUUUCACCAAGUCAAGAUAUUCAGUUGAUCCCCUCAUUGAUCAGCCUGUUGAUGAACAUUGAACCAGAUGUGGUCUAUGCAGGACAUGACAACACAAAACCGGACACCUCCAGCUCUUUGCUGACCAGUCUUAAUCAACUAUGUGAAAGGCAACUUCUUACAGUAGUCAAGUGGUCUAAAUCACUACCAGGUUUUAGAAACUUACAUAUUGAUGAUCAGAUAACUCUCAUUCAGUACUCUUGGAUGAGCUUAAUGGUGUUUGGACUAGGAUGGAGAUCCUACAAACAUGUCAGUGGGCAGAUGUUAUAUUUUGCACCUGAUCUUAUACUAAAUGAGCAGCGGAUGAAGGAGUUGUCCUUCUAUUCUUUAUGCCUUACCAUGUGGCAGAUCCCACAGGAAUUUGUCAAGCUUCAAAUUAGCCAUGAAGAAUUCCUCUGUAUGAAAGUAUUGCUACUUCUUAAUACAAUUCCUUUGGAAGGACUAAGAAGCCAAAGCCAGUUUGAUGACAUGAGAUCAAGCUACAUUAGAGAGCUCAUCAAAGCAAUUGGUUUGAGGCAGAAAGGAGUUGUCUCUAGUUCACAGCGCUUCUAUCAACUUACAAAACUUCUGGAUAGCUUGCAUGAUCUUGUCAAACAACUUCAUCUAUACUGCUUGAACACAUUUAUCCAGUCCCGGGCACUGAGUGUUGAAUUUCCAGAAAUGAUGUCUGAAGUUAUUGCUGCACAGUUACCCAAGAUCUUGGCAGGGAUGGUGAAACCUCUUCUCUUUCAUAAAAAGUGAAUGUCAGUUUUCUUUCAAAAAAUUAAAUCUGUGGUAUGUCAUUGUUUUGGUUAGGGUUAUGAGGUAUUUAGUUUUUAUAUUCUUCUGAAUGCCUUACAUUUAUAACAUAUCAUAUUGUGUAAAUUUUUGAAAAAAAAAUGUGAGAUUCUAACUUUCCUUUGUUAAGCAUCAUUCAAAUUUUAAAAGUGUCUUGUGUACCCAUAGUUUCUUUUAGAGUUUUUAAGACCGAAAGAUUGUUGAAGUAAAUUAUGUCUUAUCCAUAUUAUUUCAUACCAUUUAGGUGAGACUUUUUAACUUUUGCAUCAAACAAAUCUUCUACUUUAGAAAAAAAAAUUCACAUGUAAUAAUAAAAAUCUAUUAUAUAUACUACUUAUGGAUAACUCACUUUACCUUCCUAGUUAUGUUUAGAGAAAUGAAUCUUUAAAUGGCAGGCAAACUUUAAACAAAAAAUUUAUAAUCUUAACUUGAUUUUCAAGAAUUUUUUAAUGGAAAAAAUAUAGAAAUGGAGUAUAAAACCAAAAAAAUGGAUUGAUGUUUCUCAAAGUAGGCAAAACAACUCACAUGUUAAGAUCAUUGUCCAGGCCAGAAAUAUGGAUCUCUAGUAAAGAAAUUAAUAAGUAGCCAUGUUAUAGUAACAGCAUUGGGGCUUUUGUUGGCUUUUUAUUAAAUAUUUUGGGGGAGGGAAUUGUCCUCAAAUAAAAUAUUGCAAUUAGAAAAUAGAGGUGAAAAGAUUUUUGUGACCUAAUUCCAUUCCUUAUCAUUGGUGACAUGCAGAAAGUCACUCGAUCUUACUGAUUUUCAAUUCCCUGAUCUUUAAAAGUAAAAUGUAAGAAUAUCUUUCCUGCCAAAUGCUUCUUUUGGCCAGAGUUUCUUAUUAACAUCUUCUCAAACCAAAGAUAGAAGGAAGGGAAGGAGAAAAGGAGGAAAGAAGCUUAAAAGAAGAAAGGGAUAAAUAUAUAUAUAUAUUUUUCCUUCCCUCCAUUAUUCAAACAUUUGAGGAUGGUGUUUUUCAGUGAAAUAUAAUAGAUGAUUCUCAGGUUGAAAAAUUUUGUGAGUGCCUCUGAUCCAAAUCUAAAGGAUACUUCAGGAAAUAGAUGAACUCAGGUUGAGAGCUUCUGACCCAAUUCUAUGAGAGCUGCUUCAGGAAUUACUAGAUAAUGGCUUAAAACAGUACACCCAAUUACAAUAACUAGAAAGCACACAAUUCACAUUGUUACUUGAAUUGAAAAUAUUCCUUUGGAAGACAAACAAGAGUAAUUUUGUCUGUGGUGAAUCACUGGAGAUACUUUUUUUUACAAAAGAAAAAUAUAUAAAAGAAAGUAUAUACAUAUAUGUAUAUAUACACACACACAUAUGUAUGUGUAUAUAUACAUAUAUAUAUUUGGUACUUGGUAUAUGUACCAGCUGUUCGUUAGACCUAUCUGGCACAUAGAAUGUGUACGUAUACCAAGUUCCUACUGCUGGUGAAAUGCAAUCAAAAUCAAUUAUUUCCUUUUAUAAAGUAAUUUAUAUCAAUUUUAGGCAUAUAUAUAUGUAUGUGCAAAAUUUAUAACAACAGAUUUUUUUUCCUAAGUUUCUUCAAAAGAGAAAAUAUUGCUAUCUUACAAAUAAAACCUAUCUUCUUGUGUAAAUUAAUAAUUGCUAAUGUGAAUAUUAAACUUUAAAAAUAUAGAAAAAAUUUCUAUAUGUAAGUUUCUGAUUUCCGAAUGCAUUUUGAUUAUCCCAUUUCUUCAACUGGUAAAUACAGUUUAACCCAAGAAUUCCAAAUAGCCUCAACAAAAUAGCCUAUGCAAAAUGGCCUCUUCCUUACAAUAUAAGGAAUACUUGUCUUUUUCUGGAAUUUAUGUGUAAUACAUUAUACUCUUGACUGAUAUUUGAUUCUUCCUGGUCUUCAUACACAUACAUAUAUCCUCUCUCCACUCUUCAAGCCAAAUGUAUCUUCCUAAAACAGAUCUAAUUAUUCCAUUUCCUCAUUUAAAAAUGUUCACUGACUUUCAAUUACUUAGCACUCAGAGUUGCCCAUUAAAAAUUUAAAGUGAACCUUUAAAACUAUACCAUUACCUUAAAAAAAAACAAAAAACUGGACUCCAUCCUCAACAAUUAUAUUUUAAUUAGUCAAUUUGAUACAUUCAUCUUGUGUUCCAGCAAUGCCAGUCUGUUACCAACAGGGUUUUUUUGUUUUUGUUUUUGUUUUGGGGAGUGGUUUUUUUUGUUUGUUUGUUUUGUUUUGUUUUGCCCAGAUUUCCCUCUUUGGGCAACAAUUCCAUGAUUUAUUAACCUUUCAAAACUCAGUCAAAUAUCAUUUCUAUAAAGUUGUCUUGAGUCUUUCAGAGUGAUUUAAAUGCCUUAAGAGUUCACUACCAUUUUGUGUACCUCAGAGUUACAGUAGUGUGUUGUUCUAUGAUACUGACUCUUGUGCAAGUCUGGGAGGCACUUUGAAGUGGGGCAGUAGGGCUUGUUGACUUGAGAGUUAAGUGACAUGCUUUGUCUUCCAUGCCCACCAUGGAUCUCUAUUAUUCUUUCGUUACAUUGCUGAAUGGCUUUGUACUCAUGAUGUCAUCACUUUCUCACAUCUGUUCUCAUGAUGUUUCCAUCUUCACUUCUUUUCAUCAUUUUUAAAUUUGCUACCUUUUCCCUACUUUUUUCAGAUCUUGUUCUUUAUUGACUAUAACAUAGAAGAAGUACAUUCUGUCUAUCUUAAGAACAAUACUUUUGUUUGCUCUUCUAAUUUAAAAAUUGAAUGAAUGGAAUAUUAUUUUCUUCCCUAAGAAAAAUUUCACAAUUGCAAUUGUUUUUUAUAUUUAAUUAGCCCUAAAUUAUGUUUUAUUGCAAGCUCAAAAAUUAAAAUUUUCCUUAUUUAGGAAUUCAUUCAACAAAUAUUUAUUGGGUACCUACUCCAAGCAUAAGAAAAUGUGUUAAUAAGCUUUAUGAGAAUUUGGAGCUGAAGAAAGACUAUAACUCAAAAACAAAGUUAUAGUACAGUUGUAGGUAUAAGUCAGUGUCUGAUAAAUAGUGGACAAUCAAAUUUGUUGUAUUUUUCUUUCAUGAGAUUUGAUGAGGGAAAUUAUAUUUACAUAUAUUUUUGCUGGGACAAAUACAGACAAAGAUGCCUCAUUUAAAAUAAAUCCUGCAAGGCAUGAUAGCACAUCUGUAUAAUCCCAGAGGCUGGGAAGGCCGAGGCAGGAGAAUUGCAAGAUCAAAGUCAGCCUCAGCAACUUAGUGAGAUCCUGUCUCAAAAGAAAAAAAUAAAAAGAACUGGGGAUGUGGCUCAGUAGUUAAGCUACUUUGGGUUCAAUAAAUAAAUAAGUAAAAUCUUAACCCCUCAAUUGUAAAGUGUGACCUGUAUUAAAUCAAUAUGUUCAUUUACUGAAAAAUCUUUCAGUAUUUUCCUGCACAAACGUCAUCCAAAUGGAAAUAUUUUUAAUAUAGGCCAUAUAUUAGUUAAGGGAAGUCUACUAAUUGUGUGACAUAAGUAAAUGUGUUUAGGUAUGUCAACAAUCAAAAUGUCAUUAGCCUUUUUACUAAUGGACCCAAGGGACCGGUUGAUGUGUGAUAAUUUUAUUAUCCAAUGCUUGUUACUUUGGAUUAAAAAAAAAUCUGAUAGUACAAAUCCUUUUUCAGAUUAAUUUCUAAGAUAAUUUUUAAAUUUCCUAGUUUCAUUCAACUAUGAAGAAGUAGAAUGUGUUGGCCACAAGGUUGGGUUUUAUUUGAUAGUUUGUUUUGCAGCCUCAUAAGAAUGUUUGAUAUUUUGAUGUUGAUCCCAGUCCACAAUGUAGUUGUCUAAACAUUAGGAUUUAAGGCUAAGUUUUGAAAGGAAAAGAAAAAAAAAAAACAUUCCAAAGAGAACAUGACAUUACCAAAUAGAAGAUAUCUAGUCUCUAAAUCUUUUACUAUACAAGUCCCUACUACUAAUGUCAUCAUUACUACUACAUAACUACUACAUGUAGUUAUCAUAACCUUUAUCUUAAUUUUUCAGGUCAUGUUCCUUUGGGUAGCUCUAAAGUAAAAUUAAAUCCUAAGACAUAUAUCAGGAAAUACUUCAUGGUUGAUGAAAUAGAUUGUUGAGUUAAUUAAAAUAUUUCCCUUUAUGAAAGUCUGAAAAGUCAUUUGAAUCUGAAGCAAUUAUACUUCCAAUAUUAAUUGCGAUGUGAUAAUUUUUUAAUGUUUAAAGAUAUAGCACUUUUUGAUUAGCCAAUACUAGGCUUUUUUUUACAUUUAAUAUGAAAAUAAUUUAUUGUUAGAUGGAUGACAUGCUAAUAUAAUAGAUAAUGUGUUUUCUGCACAAAUCAUAACUUUUCAAUAGCCGUGUCUGGCUGAUCUAUGACUUUUUAAAUUAUCCACAGCUACAGUGAUGUAUUUAAUGAUGGGACCUGGGGCUGUGUCCCACUUCUCCAAUCCUUCUGAGCUGGAUGAGUGGAGCCUGUCAUGUAAUCUCUCUUAUUAAAUCUCUUCCAACUAUUUUGCAAUUAAUAAAAAUGGAAAGAAACAAAGUAAACAAGUGUUCAGAAACCAACAGUAAGUGCCAUCAUUAUAUUUUCAUAAAGCCAUGAUUCUGGCUAUACUUUUUUUCAAACUAAUCAGUUGUAUUUUCUAAUGAGACCAGAAAUCUAGAAAAUCCAGUUGCUUCAAUUCUAUCACUAUGUACUAUGAUAGAUUUGACUGAUUCAAUUUGAAAUUAGGGCUAGAAGUAUUCAAUUGAUUUCUUUCCCUGAAAAGAUAUACUGUUUAUUUUUAAUUUGCGUUCCGUUUUGACAUUUUCAAAUUACUUGUAACAUUCACUCAACUAAUAGACCCAGGGAACAGUUGAUGUGUGAUCCUUUAUUAUCCAAUUCACAUUAAGUGAUUUUAUUUUUCAAAUAUUAAGAACUUAACUAGAACAUAGGCCCCUCAAAAAUUUGUGCUAUGUACGGCAUGCUUGAGUUAUUUUUACUGUGGCAAUAAUUCUACUCAAGGAAACAAUGGGGUCUUGAAGCUGUGAGAAAGUAAUCAAUUCCAAAAUUAACAUUUCUAUCCUGAAGAAGUAACAUUAUGAUAAAAGAGAUUUUCAUAUGACUUUUGAUUGAUAUCUUGUAUCCUUUGCCAGGACAGCUAUUACAUUUUUAGAUUUUGCUGUGAAUACCCAAACAAUUUCUCUGAUCUAUACUUAACAUUUAAGCAAAAGUUUUCAGGCUACAGUAUGAAUCCUUUUAAAUAUUUUUAAAACUCCAGAGCCUGUGUCAAAAAAGACCUCAACACUUGAAAAGUACUUUUUUCCCCCUCAGAUUUAAAGAUAUCUUCUCUUGGUAUCCAAUAACUCACCAACCAUGUCCCCAAGAGAUGAAAGAGCCAAGAGAAUGACUCUUUUUCCCAAAAUGUGCCUUUUAAGUAGCCAAUAGAUGUGAAACAUUUCCAUAUCUCUAGUUUUAAAGGAAGUACAUAGCCAGAUAUUCUAGCUCAAGUUUGCCAAGUCCUAAAUGGCUUACCCUCACUAGACUGAGCCAUGAAAUUAUUUUAAUUAAGAAUAUCAUCUGGGAACUAUGAUUUCACUGUUUUCCUUAUUCAAGGUUGGACAAAAAGGACGAUCUUUAUCUCUACCUAGCAUCUGCCAUCUAUUUAAUGUAGCGUUAUUCCACGCUUCCAGGUCCGCAAACUCCCAACUGAGAACUUGCAGUAUGGCAACUGACUGCUCACCCAUAUUGUGGAAGACAGUCCAACCUGGACUGAACUGCAUGCUAUAAUAUGAAUCCAAGCUGCACUGAGCCUAAAUAAUUGCAUUUAGGUUGGGUCAUAUCCUUAUUCAAUCUCAGAAAACAGGUUCUACCAACCACUAGUUACCUGGGCUAAUAGAACAUACACUACCAGAGUUAGGCCUAAAGCAAUGUGGCCUUAAAAGUUGAAAAUAAAAAGCCAAGAGUAGCUUCUUUUACUAAUCUAUCCUAUCACUGGAGAAGAUUUAAGAAUUUGGCAGAAGGGCAUGGUGACAAGUUAAACAGCAGCAGUUUAUAGCAGCAACUGCUUGAUUGCUGCUAAGGGACGAAAAACAUAAGGAGAUCUGCUCCCUCCUGCAGUUGACCUCAUUGCAAGACCCAGCCCUGGGCACAUGCCUGGAGGCUGCGCCAGGCUUGUUGGAGCUUCAUGCAGCUGUGGAGUUUGGAAAACUCUUGCUGGAUUAGUCCCAGAAUGUCAACCUCAUUUUCAAUUUACUAGCUCUCAUUGCUUUAUGUCACGCUGACCUUAUUGUUAAACACAGGUUUGUUUGCUUUCUUACCACUCAGAGAGAAAAGAGGAGAGCAUUAUUUUUAAGGUGGCUGAAAGCUUUAACUGACAAAGCAUCUUAGGAAAAAUGUGAAUUAGGCAACUAGGAAAGCAUCCUACACCUAUUACUCUAGAGAAAAUUUACAGCUUUCUAAAGAAAAUACGUGCUGUACUACAGUGAUAUCAGGUCAUGAUCUAUAUUUAGACAGAUAUAAGUAACAUAUUUAAAUAACAUUGUAGAUAGUUUUCAGAACCUACACUAUUGCUUGUUAUUAUCUUUUAAAAUUGCUCUUAAUGUAUCAACUCCAAAUGUAUCCAACUUACCAAACCUAAAUUAUUCUAAGUGAAACCCUUGUAAAUAAUUUCUUCUUGUCAAUUAUAUAUAAAGUUUAACAUUUCCUUGUCUAUGAUAUUUACUUACCUCUAAGUUUUUAUUAGGAAUCAAUUUUAAACAGCAGUGGCUUUAAGCUAUUUGCCAUUAAAGAUAACUUCUGUCACCCUCCUCCCCCCAGAAAAGCUUAUAUUUAAGAUAUCUGUCUACCAAACUGCAUUCUUAUUAAGAUAUGUUGUUCUUUUCCUUGAUGUUUUAGAUUUCAAAGACAUUUAAAGCUAUUAAGCCAGGCAACACUUAUGUCCACACUAAGUUCACUUGGUAGGCACAAAAUUUUAUUUUUUAAUAAUAGCAAAGCAAUCAAUGGACUUCUGUUAUAACUUUCCUAAAUGAGGUUCUUAGCCAGAGCUCUGAAAUCACUAUAUAUUAUGUAACAGUUUUCUUCUUCUAAGGGCUUUAAAAUUUGUAAGAAAGACCAAAAAGAUUUUUGAAGAAUUAGUACAACCCUACCAUGUUCUUGUUAAAGCAAAGAUACACUCUGCUUGUUUUCCAUUGGGUAAAAAUACUAUGCAGAAAAUAGUUAAAUUGGUAAGCUAAGUGUUGGAUAUGAACAGGAAUAAAAAGAGAUUUUCACAUGGCAGCCUUAAGAAUUCAUCUCUUUGACCAAUAAAGUAUCUCCUUUUAACUUUAGUAUUAUGUGUGUAUGUUAGUUUUCCUGAGAUAUGUAUGUUCACAAGAAAAAAUCAGAGCAAAAGGUUUUUUAUGAAAAAAAUACUUUUAAAAAUGAAAGACAACUUUUUUUGAUAUUAGGAAAAUAAAAGAAAAAAUAUGAAAUUUCUUUGUAUUUUAGAAUAAGCAGAUAUACUUUAAUGUUAAAUGGAGAGCUCUGGUAAAUAGUAACAAAUAUUUUCCUUGAUUAUUAAAAGCAACAGUCAUUAUAGGAUACAAAACCUGAAAGAUUAUUUGCUAUGCUAAUGACAUGCUAGUUACUAGAAAAUUUAUCACUUAGUACCCAAACAUAAAAAGUAAAUAUGCUCAGAGCUUUGCUUUCUUUUUAAAAAGAAAACUCUUCAUUUUACAGUUUGAGGCUAACAGGUUUAGAAAAAUCUAGUACUAAUCUUUAACCUCUGUUUAGCUGUCAACUGAGUGUUUUAAGAUUUUAACACUUUUACUUUAAAAAGAAAGAAAAUGGAAAGAUCAGUACCAAAUUGUCCCUUCCAACUUUGAAAGUAGAAUCAAAAUACCACUUUUAGCUCUGAAACUAUAAACUUCCUCAAUAGUUAACAUAAACAUAUCAUAGUCAUCCCUUGGUUAUCUAUGUUAAGAUAAGAAAAAUGUGUCAUAAAACAUCAAAACAAAAUAAUGUGUUCUUUUGUUUGUUUGUUUUGGGUACAAUUGAAAAGUAUUACUUUAGGUUUCAUUUUAUUCUUUAGCAACUAACUACAAAGCAUUUACUGUGUUGUGUUCCAGUCAUUCUGCCAGUUUGUAGAGAUCACUGUCUAGCAUCCUAGAGUUGUCUCUUCUCUGAGCUUGCAGUUGGAUGGCAAAUAGAGACAGGGAAAUGGUCACCAUGUUGUACUGUGAGUGCUAUGAUGGAGGAGGUACAGGGAGCUAACUAUUGGGGCACCUGAGAGAAGCACCAAGCUUAAAUUUAAGACUGGGCAAGGGCAUCCUGAAAAAAGUCAGUUCUAAGAUCUAAAAGUGGUUGAUUGUGUCGGGUCAGCAGAUGUCUGAGGCAGGAAGAGAAGAAGAGUGUUCCAAAGAAGUUAACAACAUAGCAAAAAUAAGAGAUGAAGCCAUGUGCACAAGGUGGUGAGAGAGAGUGGGACAGGAUAAUGAUGAGUGAGGACAAAUCAAGGUCUAGGUCAUCAGUAGCCUUUCCCAGCAUUUCAGGAAGGAGUGUAGGUUUGAUUCUCUUGUAAGCAAGAAUGCAGCAUAAUUUAUAUAAAUAUGGUAGCAAAUUCCCUCCCACUUUCAUAUGGAGAGUUGAGCUGGAGAUAGCUAAUUUGGGAAGCAAGAAGAGCUUUUUGAGGAAGUUGUACUUAUUAGUGAAAAUGAUAGUCAUAAACAUGAAGAACUAGAGGUGAUCAUGACCUCCUCUCUAAUAUCCAGACAGGUUUUUAUCAGACAUAAUUUUGAAGUUUUGACUGAAUGAUGAAAGUAGAUGAAGUACACAAAAUAAAUUGCACAAAACAAGGCCAGCUCUCUAACUAUUCAGUUUGUGUUGAAAUUGCAAAUUUUUCAUCAAGAAAGAAAACAAAAACUAAGAAACAAGUUUUACCAAGUAGGAAAUCCUAUCUAACAGUAUCUACCCCUCCACCAAUUUCCCACAUUUGCAUGUUCUUCCAACCUCAAAAUCCAGACCUGUGCACAAGAUUCAGUCCCAGAAUGUGGGGAUUUAACCUGCUUAUCCUGCUUUUUCCUUCUUCAGAACCAGAAUAGCCUCUCAUUUCCUCUUUCGUUCAGUUUGAGGCUUCUUUCUAUGACCUAGACUGAGUUCUUGUCAUGUAUUCUUAAUCAUUUCCUCUGAUUAAUUAAGAUGUAGACUCUCUUGAGGAGACCUUGGAAAUUGAGAACAGCAUUUUUCUCUUAGAAAGCAUCAAUCUUCAGACUUGCCUUGCACUAGUUCUCACUAACUGCAGAGUCAGGGGCUGAACGUUGACCAUAAGCAUUUCUACUAUAAUAAUCCUAGUUCUCCUCAGAGUAACAUGCCUUCCUUCAAAUGAUCUGGAGAAGAAAAACACAAAGAUUACUGUAUUUCAAGAAGCAUAUACUUUAAAAUAUCCUGGAAAUUUAUAUGAGGUUUUCUGUCAAGAGGGAGAAAUCUACCUCUCCAUCUACCUAGGCCUAACGGUCUUCCUGCACUGGCUGGUACAGAUGAAAAACUAUAAAAAGUGGAUGAUUAUAGAAUCCUAGUGUUAUCGUCACAUAAGAAAUGUGAGGCUUUUUUGUGGCUAUAAAGUCUGCAACUUCUUAGAGAACUCUAGGUUCUGCAUGGUGCCACAUAAUUUCUUUUCAAAAUAGUGUCUUAUACUCCCCUUACAAUAAUUUGACUGGUUUGAACACAGAUUACUCAUGUUUUAUACUGAAGUUGAGGCAAUAUUCAAAGCUAUCCACUCUUGCAUGUUAGUUGGCAAGAGGCACAGGGAAUCAUUUUUUUCUCAUGACCCAUGCCCUCUUGGUUCUUUCUGCUACUACCCUGUUUUGAGUAAACAAUGUCACUAAGUACAUUCACUACUCUUUUAAAGAUUAUUUACCCUCAUGUGAUUCUUGAAUCUAUUUGAAUCUAAUUCAAUACUCUGAACUCCUCAUUUAUGGGUGUGAUAUAAAAUAUUUCAAAGUAUGUUAUUUUGCUGAUAAGAUGAAAUGCUCCUCCCAAUCUAUGCCCCACCCCCUUGACACUGGCCCCUGGAAAUGACUAAGUGAAAAGUGCAAAGCUGUAAAAAUUAGUUGCUAGUGGGUACCUAAGAACAUCAUCAUAUACUUAUUUUCCAUUUAAUGUUAAAAAUUCCAUCUUGGCAGAGAUUGUGGCUAAAUGGUAGAGCACUUGCCUAGCAUGGGCGAGGCCCUGGGUUCAAUCCCCAGCACCACAUAAAAAUAAAUAAAUAAAGAUAUUGUGUUCAACUACAACUAAAAAAUAAAUAUUAAAAAAAAAUUCCAGGCUGGGGAUGUGGCUCAAGCGGUAGCAUGCUCGCCUGGCAUGUGCAGGGCACUGGGUUCGAUCAUUAACACCACAUAAAAAUAAAAUAAAGAUAUUUUAAAAAUUCCAUCUCUGUUUGUAAACCAAAGGUGUAUUUCAAAGGAAAUAUUUUGUGAUUCACACAGCAAAACUGAGUAAGUCUGCUCAGUUUGACAGGAAUCUUACAUUAAAUUAGCUAAGGGUUUGAAAUGAAUAAUGUUCAAAUAAUAUGUUUCUCAAAAAAUGUUAGGAAUUUAGCUAAAUAACCCUUAUACUAUGUGAUAGUAAAGAAUAAACUAAUUUCCAUCUCUAUUUUUAUUAAUGAAUUAGACACCCCAAACUUCAUUAAAAUCGAAUACAAGAUGCAUGCAAAUCUUUAGUAUUUUAUUCUUAAGGCUUACUUUAAAUUUUUAAUCAAUAUUUCAGUUUGUAUAACACUGUAUGUGACAUAAAGUGCGAUGUUAACAGGGAUGGUUUGGCAGUAUAUACCCUUGACUACGUAUGCAUUUUAAUGAAGCAAGGAGUAAUCCUGUCACUGAAUUUGGAACCAACAAAUUAUUUAAUCAUAAAAGCAGAAUGCAGUCAACUCCUAUCUAGCAAGAUGUAGUGAUGCACUGUUUUGGUUACUCACAUCGAAAAGUUUGAUCUCUAUUCUAUAAAUAUUAAUUUUCAUAUGAAAUUUGGUGCACUUAUCAUUAAAGAAAAAGAGAAUAUAACCUAUUUGUUAAUAACAAACUAUUUCAGACUUAUUGUGAACUGGUUUCAUAGUAGGAAUAUAAUUUACUAUUAUACUGGGAAUAUACAAAUACAUUUCUUUAGUAAAUAAGUACCUUCUUUGGAGAAACAAAAGGUAAAAGAAUAGAACAGAUUUCUUGUUCUGUACCAGUUGCUAAGUUGCCAGAUAUUGCUAAUUGUUUGAAAUGUAAACAUUCUUGUUUCUUAAUCAACUAGAUCUGGAAUAGUUGGAAGAAAGAAGAAAGUUUUAUUGAAUCAUUUGGCCAUGAAAAUGUUUCUACAUCAGAGAAAGUUUAUUUCAUUUAUUCGUGGUUUUACUGUGUUUGACAUUUUUAAAAUAAACAUGCCCCAUAUUCUGAUUUACACAUUUAAAUAAUGUUCAGACACUUCACAUCUACCCAUAAAACAUUAUGCUAUGCCUUUUGUAAAUACCUGACUUUAAUUAUUGAUGGAGUCUAAUUUACAGUUAAUUAAUGAAUAAAGAAAAAAUGUGGUGUCUAUGAAUAUAAAUGCACAUGAGACUAUUCCUUGGUGAUACUGUAUGCCACUAUAUGGUGGCACUAUACCAUCCUAGAAUCUAGAUCUCUUUACACUAUUAAUGUACACAUACCCAAACUCUAAAUAUCUAUAUUUAAACCAAUAUUUAAUGUAAAUGGUAAUAUAUUAUAUUUACCUGAUCAGGACAAAUUCAUCUUUAUCCUCAUCUACAUUGAGGACAAAUUCAUCUUAGAAGUGACCUAAUCCAAACAAACAGAAUAACUUUAUAAAAUGCAGACAUCUGUGACCAAUUGUUUAUGAACAGUUUGGAAUUCACAAUGGUUAAACAACUUAAGCACUAUAUGAAAAAGCAAACUAUUUUUAUGCCUACAUUAUAUCAGUUUCCGUUAAUAUCCUGUGAUAUAAGACAAGCAGUAUAGCACAGCACUCAAGAGCAUUUGCUCUGUUGCCAGACUCAGUUUGAAUCCAGAGGCUCUGUUUCCUUACCAGGUGGUCUAGCAACCUACUACAUCUCUAUACCUUAGUGUUUUUUUCCCUGUAAAAUGGAUAUUUUAAUAAUAGUACCUCUACCAGAGGGGUGUUAUGAAGACGAGAUUAGAACAAGAAAUUAGAGCAGUAGUUGGCAUAGUAGCACUAUAUAGGUGUUUUGUCCAAUUCAAGUGGCUUUUUCCUUAACAGAUAAAUAAAUGUUUAAGGUUAUAGAAGAUACUUAACCUUUGUCUUGAAUAAUUUAGGAAAAAUAAUUUUUAAUAUUUUAGAUUAUGAGAAAUUCAAUGGCAUCAAAGUUUACUUAUCAAAAUAAUUUUUUCAGCAAAGAUCAGAGUAGAUUAUAAUAAAUCAAAAAUAUCAUAUAUAAGUCAUAAAACCCUCAAUUCAAAUAACCACAUUUAAAAAAAUUUCCUAGGUCUGAAACAGUUUCUGCAUGAGGCAGGUUGGACAACCAAAUCUAUUUUAUUUUUAGAGAUCUAGUCCCUCCCCCACACCUUUUUUUUAAUAAAAAGAAGCAUGAAGGAAGAAAUAUUUUUCAAAUUUAUUAGGUAUACUUAAUAAAACAAUAAUAAAAAUUCUAUUUGUAAAGUAGUUAAGAGUAAAUUAUAAAGUCAAAGUUUAUUUUGUUGUUACCAAAGGACUUCAAUAUGAUUUAUAUCGCAAAACUUAUUACAGGAACUACAAAGUAAGUCUUUACUUUGACAAAUACUGUUUUGUGUAGUUCUUAUUAUAAACAUUCUAGAAAUUAGAGAUAAUUCUAUUUUUUCAAAUAAAAUUUGAGUUAUAUAUGUGAAUGGAAUAUGUUUAAAGGAGAAUAAAAUACAAUCCAACAGUAACCAUUUUAACCAUGCUACAUCAUAAUGUGGGUAGCCCAUUUCUUGAUUUGACUAGUUUAUUUUAUUUUCUCUUGGCUGAAAUUAUCUCAUUUAUUUGCAUUGACAUUUUCACAUUUGAUGGUCUGUUAAACCAGGCUUUAUCUUAUAAUUUUUUUUUUAUCUUAAAUCCAUUAGCCAAGUGAAGUCACACAUAGUUGGGCAAAAAACUUUUAUUAUUGGUGCCCCUGAUAAGACCAAGAGACAUCACUAGCCUUUAAAGUAUUUUACAGUCAAUAAAAUACAGUAUGUAUACUUAUUUUGCUUUAGUAGAAUUUCAUUCCUUCUACUUCUUUUACCCAAUGUUCAUAUAAAUUCCUAUUUAUGAGACCAAUAAAUUUUGCUUGGCCAGUUUUCUGAGUGUUGGUGCAAGUGUUUGUUGUGUUGAUUUUAAGAAGUAAUUAUCACUGACAAUUUUUAAAAUAAAAUAUAAUAAUAACCUGGUAAGAAAAGAAGUAUUGAGUGAAACCAGACUAUGCCUACUUAUAAAUCACCUACAUACCAAUUUCAGACCUUCAUUAGCCACACACAAAUAUUUAUUUGUAGUAAAACCAACUGCUGUACUCCACCCAGACUUUUAAAUCACUACUCUGAAAUAAAAUGUAUUGUGAUGUUAGUAAUCUGUCUUAAAUUCUCAGUGUCUCAGAGCCUCAGUGUCUCCACCUAACAAGCAAAAAUGAAAUUUCAACAAAGAGCUUUGCAUUUACAUGAAAUAGUGCCUAGAAAAUAACUUUGCAAAAUAGAAAACCCUAUACUAACAUGAUAUUUUUCUAGGUAAUUGGUAAACACAGCCAAAAAAGUUAAUAAUUACAAUAUAAUAUUCUACAACAUAGGUAGAUAGUGUUAAUACAUUAACCAAAUACAUUUUCUUGUUUUUGUGGUGCUGGGAACCCAGGGCUUCACACAUGCCAAACAAACACUCAACCAAUGAGCUAUCCUCCCAGCCCUAUACAAAUUUUAAUAACCAAAACAUACUAAGCUUACUGGCAUAGCUAUCUAUCUAUUUAUUUAUUUACUUUUAAAAAGCUAUAUUCAAAAAGUGUCCAAGGCUAAUCUGGCAAAGAAGCCAUGGCACAAGAGAAGGCAGUUUUGUGUGGAAUUCCAAGUCCUCCAGGGACCUUCAACUUGUCACUCUCCUGUGCAGUUUGAAAGGUGAUUGCAGUGUACAUCUGUGCUCUGCAACCCCUCCCCACUGCAAUGGGAGAUCAGUGAGGAGCUGCUCUUUGGAAAAUGUGAUAUUGUUUGGCAAAACUGGUUGUUUUCCCACUCCCAUGACAUUGUAUUUUCCAACUUCCUGAUAUAGAACUAUGUUCACAACUGUUAGAGGCCUUCAGGUUUUAGUAAAUUUUAUGAAAAGCAAAAUAUUGUAUAUUUAAAGUUUAUGUGUAACUACUCUCCUCUACUAGUAGGUCAGUUGAUAGAGUGCUUUCUGGACAAUAAACAUGUAUUUGUAGCAAGGAAACUGGCCUAAGCAGAGUGACCUGGUGACAGGAAGGAAUUAGUGUUUGUUCUUAAAUUAUCUGAAUUGGCUAUCUAAACUGGGCUGGAUUCAUUAGAUUCUUGCCUGAUAGUUUCUUUCACUUUUGCUGCAUAGCUACACAAUGCUAUGUUUCUUCCUAGAAUGAAGAAAACACUGAAUUUAUAUUCAGAGGCUCCUCACACUACUUAACAUCCCUUACAUAUUUUUUUAAAGUGUGUACAUUGAAGUAAGUUACAUAUAUCAUGGGUAGCUAUUUCCUUAACAUGUUAUUUCUGUUGAUCUAGGAUUUACUUUGAAAUUAUUCAGGGACAGUAAAUGUCUGUUCUUAACCCUGCAAAUGUACAUGUAAGCUGAUGAACACAAGCAAUCCAGAGAAAAAUGUAGCCAAGCCUCUGUUACAAAAGAGAGUAGAAAUUACUGUGAAGUCUAAAACACAGGGGAAAGAGCUUAGAAGCUUGAAGGAAAACACUUGAGUUCUAAGCUAUGUGCUGACACUUGCUACUGGGUUGGUGUGGGUUACUUUACUUCUUGGAAAAUAAUUUCUCUAUCUGAAAAAAGAGGACACGUGAUGUAUGUAUACAUUAACACAUUCAGAACUUUUGCAAAUUGUAGUACUAUUUCACUUAUUUUAAGCUCUAUGCCUUAUUCAUAUUCUUAUAUUGAAAUCUGGACAGUAAUGGUUCAGUAUAACUUGUGGUAGAUCUUGGUUUAAUUUUGUUCUAUAAAUUGUUAUUAGUUACAUUUGUUUAACUUCAUGCAAUUUGAACUGGAAUGUUUCCAUUUAGUUGAUAGAAAAAGGUAGAAACAUCUAGUUCCUUUCUAUUCCCUACAUAUCUACCAGCAAUCUGAAGUAAUUUCAAAAAUUCCCUCAAAUAAUUUUAGCUUAGGCUUCUCCAUUCCAUUUCAAAAUUGGAUAGAAAUAGCAUAUAACACUAACAUCUUAAAAUACUGACACUUUAAUUUGUGAGACUUCCAAAUCUAAUGCACUUUUUCCUAAGUUUUAAUUUUUCAAUAUUUUUUUCAGUAAAUUUGAAAUAUUUUUUAGAAAUAUUCCUUUUCAAUCUGCAGAAACAUUUUUUUGCCUUUCUUUCCAUUUCCUAUUUACUCAUUUCCAUUAAUAAAACCUUGGUUCUGAAAAAUGAAUCAUGCUUUCCAUUAUACUUUCUUAAAUUGAAUUUGAUGUUACAAUUCAAAAUGUUAAUCUGUACUUUAAUUAUUCCCAGCUAUAUUUUUUAAAAAAUAUCUUUUAACUGCUUAAAAUAAUAAGCAAAUAGCUUCACACUAUACUCAAGGGAUGAACUGUUCAAACAGAAAUAUGAAAAUUUUCAUUGAUUAAACCAAAAUCAAUUGUGAAAUAAUUUCAAAUGAAUGUUUUUUAACGAUGUGCAUGCUACAUGUAAAAACGUUAUUUAAAAAAUCAUGUUCAACAUACAUAUUUCAAUUUGAUAAGUUCCUCUGUAUUAAUUGGAAAGUCAAUAUGUUUCGGUCUGAUCUUUGAACUAGUAUAUUUCUCUAUAUGGAAAUUUUGAAUGGCAUAAGAACAUGUACUGCCAGAGGACGCAAGUUAAUCAUCUUGUAAUAAAUAUGGAUUUGUCAUUGAAAACAUUCCUGUUAAAAUGCAUCAUUAGUGGUACUUAUUCACUUAUGCAUAUAAAAUUCAUUGUUAUUUUAAUCACAUCCAAACAUCACAACCCAAUACCUAAACUGAAACUUCUUACCCAGAUCUGUAUUGCACUUGAAAUAUCUUACUGCUUAUAAAUAUCCUGUUCCUUUCUU